GUUUUCCAAUUUCAAAUUAUUUUUCAAUUUAUGAAACAUGUGAGAAAGUUCGGAUAUUUUCCACUCACAUCAUAGGCUUAAAAAUGCUUUAUAAAGCCAUGUAACAAAGAAAUGUCCGUUAGUAUACUUAAUAUUGAAGUAGAGAAAGGUUAAAAUGUCAGCGCCAAAGGUAUUGAAAGAGUGUCAACGUUUACUCAGAGUGACGCAGUUAUGUAAAAAGAGUCCCGUCCGAAUCGGUUGGCUCGAAUUGCCGUUAACUCUGUUGCAAAUUGUGUUUUUACUUCCAUUUAUUGCGUUUGUACCGUAUGUGAUUUGGUUUUGUGUUGAGAAGGAAUUCAAAUUAAAUAAAAUCGCUGGAGCAAUGCAUCUAUGUAUAGGCGCAACUCAACUCCUUCUUAUCUACCUUGGUCUUGCAAUGGAAAACUCAAACAUCAUCAAUCACAUGACUGAAUUGCAACGAAUUGUCGAUCAACGAUGUGAAGAUUCGCCUGAAUCCGUGGAAAUAUAUGAGAAGAUUGAAAAACGUAACUCGAAACAGUGCAGUUUCAUUCUUAAAGCAACAUUUCAAAUGGAGAUGGGGCUGUUUAUCUUGUAUACUCUACCGCCAAUUGGUUAUGCACUCUUUCAGUUCCCAUCGCCCAGAUGGUGGCUAUUGCCGUUUCCUGCUACAGACAGGUGAUUCAAACAUUUCAACUCUCAUUAUUCAAUUACCAAUUUUUAACUGUAUUGAUCUCCACAAUGAUGGAAACUUCUUUUUUUUUCAAAACAAUUUUUUUCUGAUCUCGUUUCCAG